GUGACCCAUAAGUAUGUUAUCAAAUAGUUACAUAGGCAAAAGUCACGGCAUGGUCACUCUACCUAAUCCUCUGUUAAUUGGCUUAAGGCUAACACCAGUCAGCUCCAUCUGUUUUUGUCUGGAAGAACACUCCAGGCCUCGCAUUUUCAACAAAGUGGACGAGUGGAACACCAAUCACUUCAAACGCAGAGAGGCCUGAAACUCCAGUUCUGGUUAGAGGAGAAUAAGCUCCUGGUUCUAAUUUGGUUUUUUAAAUCCUGCUUCUCCCUGAGGUUUGAUUAGUUGUGUUUGGUCAGGAUGUCAGAACCAACAGCAUGGUCCUUGUCAUCUGCUCCCUGUAUUCUGUUCAGCAGCUCUGCUGUCACAUGCAGGCUUAAACAGUGCGCAUGUCUGCUCCUCUGCCUGGCUGACCGCCUGUCAGUCAGGAGCUGAUUAGUUUUACACACACACUCACACUCACACACUUCAGAGGGAGAAUUUUGAUUUUGAGAGAUGAGCUUCACCAUCGAGGAGAGAGGCAGACCCAACACCCAGGAAUACAGAGUGUUUUUCAAAAACGCUGAGGGUAAAUACAUCUCACCGUUCCACGACAUUCCCAUCUAUGCUAAUGAAGCCGAGAACAUUUUUCAUGCUGUGGUGGAGGUGCCCAGAUGGACUAAUGCAAAGAUGGAGAUUGCCACCAAAGAACCACUGAAUCCACUGAAGCAAGAUAUGAAAAAGGGGAAUCUUCGCUACGUAGCUAAUGUUUUCCCUCACAAAGGUUAUAUCUGGAACUAUGGAGCAAUUCCUCAGACAUGGGAAGACCCCAACCACAAGGACAGUGACACGGGAUGCUGUGGAGACAACGAUCCGAUUGACAUUUGUGACAUUGGCAAUAAGGUGUGCUCCAGGGGAGAGAUAAUCAAAGUGAAGGUUUUGGGAACUCUGGCUUUGAUCGAUGAGGGAGAAACAGACUGGAAGGUGAUAGUGAUCAAUACUGAAGACCCUGAAGCUGCUGACUUCCACAAUAUCGAGGACGUCAGACGACUAAAGCCUGGUUACCUGGAGGCCACUGUGGACUGGUUUAAAAGAUAUAAAGUCCCCGAUGGAAAACCUGAAAACCAGUUUGCUUUCAAUGCAGAGUUUAAGGACAGGGACUUUGCCAUUGCAACAGUGAAGAGCACUCAUGAGUUCUGGAAGGCACUGAUCAUGAAGAAAACCAAUGGUGGCGAGUUGAAUUGCAUGAACACAAGUGUCUCAGACAGUCCAUUCUGCUGCUGUGCUGCAGAUGGACAGGCUGCAGUCAACUCUACAAGUGCAUUUGGACCAGAAGAGCCUAUUCCAAGUACAGUUGAUAAGUGGUUCUACCCUGACAAGUAGGAAUGAAAUACCAGGCCAGAUACAGAUCAAUUACUUCUUUGUCUUUCUGCAUCAUUUUUUCUGCUUAUUGUACAAAAAGUAACUGCUUGUCAUUUGUAAAGUCCAGACUUAUUUAAAGAACUUUGAGUUACUUGAUGUUGUGAGUCAUUACAUCUGGAACAUAAUAAAACCUUAAUAAACUCCACAAAAUAUUGUUUGUGCUGAUUA